UGGGACAGACUGACGAUCUCUCCUUUUUUUCUACCUGGAGCUACGUUCGUUGAUCAUCAGUCUUGAAGCAUAUUCCUAUCCUUAUUUUGAUGAAGAUCAUCCCUGGUCAUGGAGGAUUACAAGUAUCUCUUUAAAGUUGUUCUGAUCGGCAAUGCUGGGGUUGGCAAAACGUGUCUUGUUAGGCGUUUCACACAGGGCUUAUUUCCACCUGGACAAGGUGCUACUAUAGGUGUUGAUUUCAUGAUAAAGACGAUAGAGAUCGGUGGAGAAAAGGUCAAGUUACAAAUAUGGGAUACUGCAGGUCAGGAGAGGUUUCGUUCAAUCACUCAGAGUUAUUAUCACAGUGCAGAUGCACUGGUACUAGUCUUUGACGUGACAUCAAAAGAAAGUUUCAAUGCGCUACCAAGCUGGUUGAGAGAGGUAGAGCAGUAUGCCAGUCCUAAGGUCAUAUCCGUUUUAGUAGGUAAUAAAAUUGACCUUGCCAAGGAUAGAGAGGUGAACGAAGAAGAUGGACAAAGCUUUGCAGAUUCCCACUCGAUGCGUUUCCUGGAGACAUCAGCCAAAGAGUCUGACAAUGUGGAUCGCCUCUUCCUGGACAUUGCAGUUGAAUUAACCAAUAAUGUAAGAAAUGGUGAGAUCAGACAUGAUGAUCAUGAAGAUAUCAUCAAAGAUACUACUUCAGUCUCAACAUGCUGUAAAGGCUGACUCUUCCUGUCCUGUUGUAAAAUGCUUCUUGUUAAUCUGUUUCUUCAACUUCAUAAUGGUAAGAUCUGAUGACGCCAUCAAAGGCCCUUCGUCAAUAUCAAUAUGUAGUUGAACUAUGUGAUGUUAUCAGGUACGUUCAUCUGUGUAUUACAAAUAUCUGCGAUUGUAUCAUCAGAUAUUCUGAAGCACUGUAUUUAGUCCCAGUUAAACUCUGAUGAUAUCAUCAAAGACACUAUGCCAAGCUGUUAAAGGGUAGGGUUGGCCUUUCUGAUGAUAUCAUCAAAGGCACUACGCCAGGCUGUACAGCGGUAGGGUUGGCCUCUUUUGAUAUCAUCAAAGACACUAUUCCAGGCUGUUCAAGGUAGGGUUGGCUCUUUGAUGAUAUCAUCAAAGACGCUAUGCCAGGCUGUUCAAGGGUAGGAUUAGCUCUUUUGAUGAUAUCAUCAGAGAGAUUACGCCAGGCUGUUCAAGAGUAGGGUUGGCCUCUGAUGAUACCACAAUAGGCACUUCUGUAGUCUGUACUUGCUGAAAGGCUGACUUCUGUAAUGAUAUCAUCACAGACUCCGGCUGACUGUACACGCUGCAAAUGUUGGCAUUACUGAUGUUAUCAUUAGACACACUACCCUUGAAUAUGGUUGUUAUCAAAACUACUAUCUCUGAUGAUACCAUCAAAUUGAACUCCAAUUAAUCCAGCCCGAUUUUUUAUUGAAAGUAUUCUUUUCAGGUGGUGUAGUUAAGCUGUAUAAUAUGCAAGUACAAUAUAUAAUUAUGCACUCCAAUAUCCCACCAGUUAAUCAUCAUCCCGACUAUAGAUCUUUAACUAUUUCUCUCCACCUUUUAGUUCAACUUGAUUUCCAUGAAGUCAUCAAAAUUGAUUUAAAAAAAAUCAAAUUUUUCAUCAGUAAAAUGACUUUCAUCGUAGAACUCUUUGAAGAAGGAUUUUUUGGGUUAACUUGUCAGUAUAAGUAUUUUCUAAUCGAUAUUGUUAUGAAACAAAAAGAAUUGAAGUAUCUGCAUUCGAUAAUUUGCAAUAGAUUUUCUUGCCAUGUAUUAAAAGAUUUAUCAUUAAAACUACACUGCCUAUAAAAAUUUGUGCAAUCUGCAAUACUGCAAUAUUAUGUUUAUCUGAAAAGUCUUUAUAGUCAUGUUCAAACAUAUAACAACUGUAUCAAUGUAACCUGUGUCUUAGUAUUCUGUCAAAAGUUGCAUGUCUGGGAGGCUUGGUGAUGAUGAUUAAUGACUUGUGAAGAAGGCGCUGCAUAGAUGAUCAGGGCCCCCUCUUACAAAGAGUUGUGAUUGAUCCAAUCAACCCCAACUAUGGAAAGCCAUCAAUGUUGUGUUUGACAGAGAUACAUAUAUAUGCAUUUUAGAUGUCGGGAUUACUAGCUUUCCAUAGUUUGGGAUGGAUCAAGACUAAAAUCUUUGUAAGAUGGGGUGGUGCCCACCCCAACUUUCUUGCUGCCCUUAAAAUUCUGUAAUAUCUCGGGAUCUUUGAAAAAAAAAUUGCGUUAGGACUUUUGCAAAGGCUGAAUUGGUUCUGGGAGAUUUUUAAAGCAUUUUUUUAAUAAAAAUUUAUUCAGUUCCAGUUCAUUACUACCGUAUACUAAAUGAACCUGUACGUUAUAGUGUGGAUUGUGGAAAUGACAUAUUUUAUUUGCGACAUAUUUCAUGAUAUUACAUGACAAUUUAUUUUGGUGGGAUCAAAAUAAAUUGUAAACACAAAAGUAGAAAUACAUGUUGUACAUGUAGCUGCAUUUUUUUCUUAUUGAGAUAAAACAAUUUCUAAAGCCUGGAAUGGGCUAAAAAUUCAGUCACAAAAUUUGUGCGAUA